AUGUACCAUCCCGAAAGGACACAGAAUUAUACUUACGUCCUGGGAUAUGGUGUGAUUAAAUAUGUCCCUGUGCCAUCUUUAUUCUUAGUGGAGAACAAAAAUGAUUACCUUGAUAAAUGUUAUGACCACAUUAACAACAGUACAUACGCACGCCUCAAACGAGAUCCAACAGAAACUAUCAAGCGUGACACAAGGAAUACCUUGAUACGUUUAAAUAAAAACGACAGCAUUGAUGAUAGGUUUUAUUACAAGCUUAGGCUUUCAGACACUCCACCGUCUCGAUUCUAUGGUCUUCCUAAAAUACAUAAACCUGGAAUUCCUAUACGCCCAAUCGUGUCGUCAAUUACACAAAGAGUGAUCACUGUAAAAACUCGAAAGAGUUUUCGGAAUUUAUCAGAAACAUACGGAUCGAGGACGACGAUGGUAUCAUUUGACGUUACUUCACUGCACACAAAUGUACCGAUAAAGGACACAUUAUAUAUCAUCAGGGAAUUACUGCUAAAUGAUGAUGAGUAUGAGCACAAAACACACAUCCCUAUUGACAAACUAAUGUUGUUGUUCCAAAUUGUACUUACAAAAACAUGGUAUUUAUUUGACGGUAAAUUCUUUACGCAAACUGACGGUGUGGCUAUGCGUGGCCCAACAUCCUUUGUGGUAGCUGAAAUAUAUAUGCAGGCUCAUGAGACUACAGCUUUAACAACUGCAGAUCACGUUCCGAGAGUUUGGAAAAGAUUUGUGGAUGACGUCUUUUUAAUAAUAAAAAGAGCACAUCUAGACGUAUUUCAUGAACAUAUCAAUAAUUUGCACCCGAAGAUUCAAUUUACAAUUGAACAUGAGAAGAACGGUAAGCUUCCUUUCUUAGACAUUCUAGUGUCUCGCAACGGUGGUAACUUAUCAGUAUCAGUAUACCACAAACCAACUCAUACUGAUCAAUAUCUCAACUACACAUCUAAUCACCAAAUGUCCUGCAAAGAAAGUGUAGUGUCCUUAUUACUGGACAGAGCAGUCAAUGUAGUCAGUGGAGAGAAUAACCGAAAGAAAGAGUUAUCUCAUAUAAACAACGCCUUACUUGCAAAUGGGUACUCGAGACAGACCAUUAGAGAAAAAUCAUGA